CUGAAGAAAUGUCAAGAUUCCUUUUCUUUAACAAUAACACUGGACGUGGAGUUGACAUUGUAUCCCUUAAUAUCCAGCGUGAACGAGACCAUGGUCUAGCACCUUACUGGAAGUGGAGGUCGUUCUGCGGCCUGCGACCACUGACUGGCCUCAAUGACACCGAGGCUCUGGGGCCCCAUGCAAAUGAACUUGCAAAAGUUUAUAGCUCAAUGUACGACAUUGAUUUAUACUCCGGAAUGCUUCAUGAACCAGUAGUAGAAGGCCUUGUAGGUCCAACGAUCUCCUGUCUUCUGAGAAUUCAGUUCAGCCUGUUGAAACAUGGCGACCGCCACUUUUUUGACAACACCGAACCCAACUCAGGCUUCACAGAUGGUAGGAUUACAUUUAAGCGUUUA